AUGGUGAAGUUCCUCAAGACCCAGAAGGUGGUGAUCCUUCUGACCGGCAAGUAUGCCGGCAAGAAGGCCGUGAUCGUCAAGAACUUUGACGACGGCAACAGCGCGCGGCCCUAUGGCCACGCCCUCGUCUGCGGCCUCAGCAAGGAGCCCCGGAAG